AUCCAUCCAGGCGUUAAGUUAUGGCAAAGCAAGUUUGCAACAUCCAAGCAUGGACCCGCGGACGCCAGGAUAUGCCCAUCUAGGUGCCUAAUGCACCAACUUUCCUUCUCAUUUUUUUUACAAAUGUUCCUUAUUUUAGCCAUAGCUUGUGCUCAUCUGGGCUUCAGCCAAUUCCAGAACUGUCUGGAAGCAUUUGAACAAGCGAUGAAUGUGGCGAAUGAGACUGGCGAUAAGCUGCUCGAACUGCAGAUUUGCGUUGGACUAGGCUCGUUGUUUAUGUUAUUAAGAGAUCUGUCAAAAGCGCUGAUUUUUCUGCGGAAUGCUAUGGCAAUAAUUCAAUCUGUCACAGUUGAUGACGUCCAUGCGAAGUAUAGAUGUACAAUCCUGUAUCACCUCUCAGUGGCAUUGCGGAUGCGAGGAUCACUGGUUGAGGCAAAGGAGGCUUGCGAUGUUAGUGAUUUUUAA